CAGUUUGGGUCGGUGUGUCAGUUGGUCGUUGGAUAUAUAUCGGCGGGACUUUCAUCCAUUUGUGAUCGAAUACACACGUUUCUAACAACAGGAGGAGCAGCCAGGAAAGUGAAUAUAAUGCUGGGAUAGAUGAGACUUUAAGAUGCCAUAAUCGUAGAAGCAAGCCAUCACAGUGAGGUUACCAUGGCAGACAAUACUAACGACCCCACCACGCCAAAAUCUAAAAUCAAUCUAGACGAUUUCACUCGCAUCAGAAAAGUGCCAAUACCAGAACACAUGCAAUCUUUAUCACAGAGUUCAGUCAAUGAAGAUAUGGAGCAUGUAGCAUCCACAAUAAACUUUGACAGUGACGACUCACACCCAUUUCAAGAGGAACCAAGCCUAAGCCUAAGUGACUUAGAUGGGUCAAAAGACCUUGAAGAAUUGAACUUUAUUGAUGAUGAAGAUGAAAUCAAGCCAAUGAAGCACACUUCAAAGAAUGCUAUAGACAACUUAGAUGCUUAUGGUUAUGAAACAAAAACUCAGCAAACACUAUCACUACUUGAAUUUGAAAGUUUGGAAAAACAGCUUGUAAACGACGAUGUGGGAGUCAAUGAAAGGCAAACACCACCACAAGAUAAAGAUCUUGCUCAUUAUUUACGAGAACAAGGCGUAAUGUACGAGGAUGACUUUGAAGAUUCAUCUAGUAAGGAUUUAAAAGAUCAAGGUGUGAUCGGGGAUUCGGAUGAUGAAGGAACAAUAAAAGGAGAUGAUUUUGAUGAAUUGAAUGACGGGAUAAUGGCUGAGGCGAUAAUGGAAGAAGAUGAAUUUGAUGAGUUUGGUGUAAUGAAAGAACCAGGACAGAGACGUAGCUAUGACAGUGUCAGUGCACCAACAGCUAGCCCUGUGGAUGAAAGUCUUGAUAUGAUGAAAUUUUUACAAAAAACUCCUAAAGAACAUUUUGAACAUAAGCCUCUAUCUCUGAGUCAGGAUACUUACAGUUCUGAUGUCUUUGAGGUUGAAGAGCAGCAUGACCAAACAGUUACCCAUAACUCUUCUCAGGAUCUCUCUAGUAUCAUAGAGAGUUCUCCGGAACAUAAAAGGCAUGAUGUGUCUGAAAGUGAUGAAUCCGCGAAAGAGAGUGGACCAGAGGAAGAUAUCAAGAAUACGUCAGCAGACAGCAUGAAUGCCAGUACGCUUUCAAAACAAAAUUUUCCGGAUAUUUCAUCAUUGACUGACAUAACUAGGGAAGAACUUGUGUCACCUGAUGAUAUUGGUAAUAAUUCUGAUCUCAAUAAUACAUCAGAAACUGUUAUUAAUCUAUCGGAUGUAAUUGACACGUCUCCAGAAAGGUACACUAAGCAUAGUGUGUCUCCUACUGCUAUUGUGACUGGCAAACCACCUAAGAGUAUUGGACCACCCAUCAAAAAAUCAACACCUAAGGGGAAAGACAGUGGUGUUGAAAACGGUAGAUCCUCACCUCAGAAGUCAGGUAGGGUCACCCCAAAUAAAACUGGCAGGUCAACCCCUAAAUCCGGGAGAACAACCCCUAAGUCUGGCAGGACAACUCCAGUAUCAGGAAGAACAACGCCACUGAAAUCAAGCCAGUCUAAGGCAGACAGUGGCAAGACAACCCCAUCCAAAACCAGCAAAGAUGUGCCGUCUAAGAGUGGUAGGAACACACCCUCUAAGAAUGGUAGAGACACCCCCACAAGCAAAUCUGGGAGAACCACACCCAGUGCUAAAGUAUCUGGCAGAACUACUCCCAGUCGAAUCCCAGUUAGAAGGGGUUCAACAUCUGGGAGGUCAACUCCUUCCAAGUAUAAAAGUGAUGAUGAGAGCGGAGAAACUAGCAGACGGAGUGGACUGAGCAGUACUCAGUACACCAGUGAAUCACCACCUUCAUCCCAAAUUGACAAUUAUUGGGAGUCUUCAGUUUGCAGCACAGACUGGGAAAAUCUUUCGGAUACCUCCAGACGGGAAUUGACAGCUCGACUGAAACGGGAAGCAUCUUCAAGGAUACAAGCUGAUGAGUUAGUGGAUCAACUUCAGUCUGAUUAUGAUGACCUACUACAGAAAUACGCCUUGGCAGAGGUUACUAUCGAUCAAUUGAGACUAGGAGCCAGAAUUACAGUGGAAUCAACUCCACCCCAACCAGGACAGAGUACAACAGGAACGUUAUCAAAGGCACUGCAACCACAGACAAUAAAUUUGGGUUCAUUGUCACAUGCUAGGCUUAGCCCUGCUCCACAGCAUGCUAUUCUCAGUGACACAAUGCGAGGGGAUCCUAUAAACACCAGCCAUACCACAAUAACCACAGCUGAUGACAUAGACGAUGAUGACCCUGUGUUGGCUGCAGUCACCAGUGCUGAAAGCACAGCCAUGGGAUUGCGAUUUCAAGCCAAAACACUUAAAGAACAGAUGGAAUCAUUUCAGAAAAUACUUAGUGAAGACCAGUUGUCACCAGAAGACCAGAAAGAAGUAUUUGAACGUAUAAAGGUACAACAUGAACGAUUAGAGAGGGAAUAUUUACAUGCCAAAGAGGAACAGAACACCAUUCAGCGACAAACUAAUUUAAUUACGGAUAAACAUGAUAAAACGUUUGAUGCUGAAAAAGAAAUCGAAGGGGAAAUAUUUCAGCUAGGGAUGCAGCUAGAAGACUUAAAUGAGAAAGUACAGGAUAAUUGUCGCAGCACUACAGCUAAUGACACAAUAGGUAGUACUGAUGCCAUGCUGGCUUCUCUGGAUCCAGAGUUAGGACGCAGAAAACAACAGUUAACACAAGAAUAUCAUACACUUCUUAACAGAUGUCGCCAGUUAAAACAAUUGGAUUCCUCUUUUGACAGGGACAGAGAGUUAGAUGAUUUAGUUGAGCAUUUACGUAAUCUACAUAAUGAGAACCCUGAUUUAUUUGGUCAUGAGUUGCCACCAGAGAUACGAGACAGAGAAGGAGGUUCAUCGGUGUUACCAGAUAGAUUUUUCAGUGCUAGUAAUCCAAAUAUUUAUAUUGAUCACCUUCCUGAACCUGAGUUAUAUGCACCAUUAUCAGAGCCAUCGCUGUUCUCUACCAACCAUGAUCCUAUACGCUAUUCAAAUUAUCAGAGCUCUGAUAGUUUGCAAGAGUCACCUGAUUCCAGCCCUGAAAUACGAAGAAGAACAAGUUAUGGUUCUAGUCGCAUUCCCACUUGGUCAGGACGGGGAACACCAAAUUCAUCUCCAGAAAUGAUCCCAAAAUCUCAAUAUUCCGGCAGAUCCACACCAAAUUUGUCAAAACAACAAAGUUCUUUGGAUUAUAACCGUAAUCAGAAAUAUUCUGCACAGAGGAACCCACUAGAGGGCGAUAUAGACAGUGGUUUUGUUGGCUCUGAGGGCAGCAGACAUAGCAAUCAGACUAGCAUAUCAGGAUAUGGGCGUAAAGAUAGAUCUGGUUAUUCGUAUUCAACAAUUAUACCAUCACAAACACCGUCAUUGUACAGUCGACAGUCACCAGCAUCAGUACGUGAAAGCCAUCGUGCUUCAGUGACAUCACAGUCACACAAAUGGACAGAAAGCGAGGAUGACAUGAGCUAUACUACAGGCAACGGAAGGUCAGUGCAGUCCUAUGAUACCGUAGAGAAAUCAUCACGACGAGGUUCAUCAAAACAGAGAAAGUCACCUGCUAGUAUUAGUAGUGUUGUGACAGAUGCUUCUAGGCCGAGACGUCCUACGUCUGGCAGGUCUAGAGAUAGCAUUGCAUCUAGCAGAGUGGCUCCAAGUUAUUACAGUACUGAAGAAGAAGACAAGGCAUCAAGGCAAGGUGCUCUUACACAAAGAAUACUGAGAGAUAAGGAAGUUGAGAGGUGGGCAGAUCCUGUUCAAAAAAGAGACAAAUUUGAUUCUGCAUCUGUGGUUUCUAGGAGUAGUGUUAAGAGUGAGGCAAUAAGAGCACUUCAUGAUGAGGUUCAGAAAUUGAAGAGAGACAUGGUCCGUGCAAGACAUCCUCCUUUACAGGAAGAACUGAAAGCUCAGAGCUAUGAAAUGCCAAACUAUGAAAAACCAACAGUUGAGAGAGAAAGGUCUUUUACAACCCCAAAUGGCAGCACUAGAUCUUUGUAUGAAAAGGAACGACCUUCUCGACACAAUCAAAGACAGGGUUCAUCUCCACCACGUGAAGCAUAUCAGCGUCGGUCAUCUUCUUCUAGCAGGUGUUCAGUAGAGAUAGGUCACCACAUGAGAGACGAAGGCGUUCUCAGAGUGCUGAUAGAACAAUCACAUCACUAUUCCAACAGGGUCUAUCAACCACCAAGAGACCAGGAUUAUCCUGCUAGAGAGUAUCCAGCUAGAGAGUAUCCAGCUAGGGAGUAUCCAGCUAGGGAGUAUCCGACAAGAGAAUAUCCUAGUGGGGAGUUCCUUCCCAGAGAUUAUUCGAGCAGAGAGUACCUGGAUGAGAACCAGGAAUAUGAUAGAAGUUUUCGUGCAACAUCUCCGUACAUGGAGAGUGGUUAUCUUGAUGAUAGACCACGAUAUGCAGCUUAUGACAGCCCUUAUAUUGAUGCUUAUGUUGGAAGACCUGUGAGUCCAAUUGGAAGGCCACUAAGUCCUCACCACCGAUCCAUGUCUAUGCCAUCAUUCAACAUUCAAAGGUCUCCUUGCCCAUUGUGUGGUGGGACAGGUUCUCAUACGCAUGGACAAUAUGCCUAUCCUGAGGACUAUGGCCGAGAAUCACCCCCACAGGCUACCUAUGCCCCUCCUCCUCCUAACUAUGCACAAGCGCCCACUAUGGCAAGACAUUCCCCCAUUGAUCCAGCCCAGCCUGUUUAUGCCCCAACCUCUGGUUCCAGAAUGGCACAGUCUGUUCCGUCCAUACCAACUGCAGUAUCAGCAGGAUACCAGCAGCCACAGAUGCAGCAACCAGUGUUGGCACCAACCUCACCUGCUCAACAUGUGGUGACACAGCCAACAUACACUUCAGUGCAGUCUGUCCCAGCUACAGCUCAACAACAACCAAUACAGAUUAUCAGUAAAACUCCUGUCAGACAAUAUACAACAUCUAUGAAGAAAGGAAAAGUUCGUUACUAUGAAGCCUUUGAUACAGAUACUGCUACUGAAGAGGAGAUUAUAUACAGAAGAACCAGUCCUCGCCGUGAAAGUCGAAGACCUCACUCUAGAACAUAUCAAGAAGACAGAGCUUCAAAGGUUGAAAGUAUUCGUCUUGGAAUAAGUCUUGAAGAUGCAAUAAGGACAGCAGAAAAACUGAAGCGGAGAUCUCGAAAGAUGUUGACGGGUGUACGAAACGAUGUGCUGAGAACUGAAAUGUCUGAAAGUUAUUUAUGA